UACAAGCACGUUAGCAGUAAGCCAGCAGAAUCAGAAAUUAGUCCCUCAAGUUCAAUAACAUGUUUGAAAGAUCAGAAUGCAACGCAAAUCUGCUUCAAGGUAUAAAAGUAAUAUGAUCUUAAAAACAUAUUAAAGUGCAUCUUCGCUAAAAAUGCGGGGGCGUGAAGUAUUUGCAAAUGUUAGCGAGUGGACGAUUUCCAACAAGGAUUGGAAGGCUUUUGGGCUUUAGAUGAAACCAUUCUGCCGUAAGAUCUAUGGCCCUGUUCGCUUGGGAGAAGGGUUCCUAGGAUUGAAUGAUGGUGCUGCGGUGAAAAUGGAAGAAAAUACAUAUUUCUUUGGUAGCGGAAUACGGAAUAGAUUUGACAUUCAGAUUAAUUGGCUGGGGUAAUCUAACUAUGUCUCUACCGAUACCUGUACCUAAAUACCGAUGUGUAUACAUACCUAUGUACAUGCAUGUGUACAAGUCUUCAUGCCUGUUAUACAUAUGUGCGUCACGAUUACCCGCAAAACGCUGAAACUAAACUAGAAUAUAUGUAAACACUAAUUAUUAAAGAGCACGAAGGUACUGAAAAACAAGCAAACAAGAAAUGAGGAAAAUUGAUAUACCAAUGCCAGCAAAACAAUUUAUUGGCAUCCCAAACAAUGUCAAUUGAAAUUGCAGGCGUGCUGUGCCUAAGUGUUAAAAGAUUACAUCCAACGGUUCAUGUUUUGUACACAUAUAAGUGCAUACGUGCAUACAUACAUUUUUACAUGCAUUUUUUGUAUCAAAAAAUGAAAAUGUACAAAUUGAACCGCAAGAGAUUAAAUGAAUAGUAUUAACGCUAUAUACAUACAUAUAUGUAUAUGUAGAUAUAUGCUUUGAAAAUAUGUUUACCUGCUCGCUGAGCGCACAAAAGUACACCCACACAAAAAUAGGUAGGCCAUCACACAGGCAAUACAAACCUUCCGGGAAGUGGUCGCUAGUGUAAAAGGAUCGCCGUAAGAUGACUGCGCUCAGUCAGCAAAAUAUCUAUUUGUUUGAGAGAGCAUUGAAGCAGAAAUUCCUAAACCUGUUUACCAACAUACAUUUUCGAUUUUGAGCAUCGCGCGCAAGUGCACAGGUUUAAGAGCAUUGAUUUUUGCUCGAUGCCUGCAGUCUUCAAUGAGUUUCACAUUCGAAAGCAUCUUGGGCGCACAGCGUAGCUCUAAAAACUUUGAUUAAAAAAAUAAACAAAAUUUUAGCGCCUCUCAAAGGCCGGCAAUACAUAUGUAUAAGUAACAAUAUGUCUGCAACAACAAGUAGUGGCACAAGUAGCGCGAGUGACAAUUCAGUAACGGACGGAGAUUCCAGUUUUAAAUUCGCCAAUAAAACAUUGCAAGACUAUGAAGUUAUAUCGGUCAUUGGCAACGGCACAUUUGGAACGUGCUUCAAAGUGCGCGACAAACAAACCGGUGAGCUGUAUGCCUGGAAGGGCAUCGACUACGACGAAUUGAGUGAAUCUAAGAAGGCGUCGUUGGUGUCGGAGAUACGGGUGCUGCGUCAACUACAACAUCCCAAUAUUGUGCAAUAUUAUCAUCAUUUGGUCAAUCAUGAAGCCAAGUCCAUAUUCAUUGUAAUGGAAUGCUGCGAGGGUGGAGAUUUGGCGCAGCUAAUUAAACAUGCGCGCACGGACCGUAAGCGCUUCGAAGAGCGUUAUAUCUGGCGCGUGCUAUUUCAGGUCUGCAAAGCGCUGCAGGUAUGCCACAACAAAUAAGGAAAGGCACUAUUUAUGCAUCGGGAUAUAAAACCUGCAAACAUAUUCCUUGACGCGCAAGGAAACGCUAAGCUGGGAGAUUUCGGCUUGGCGCGUAUGCUACGUAAAAAUCAAGAUUUCGCAGCUACUUUUGUCGGCACACCCUACUACAUGAGCCCAGAAAUCGUCAAGGGAUCGAAAUACGAUCGCAAAUCGGAUGUGUGGGCGGUGGGUUGCCUGGCAUACGAAAUGUGCGCUCUCCGCACGCCCUUUCAGGCACCGAAGUUUGAUGAGCUCACUUUGAAUAUUUCGAAUGGAAAGUUUAGUCACAUACCGGAUGUGUACUCCGGGGACCUGCAGGAGAUUAUUGCCUACAUGUUGUCGGUGGAUAGUGAGCAGCGUCCCAGCAUUGAAGUGAUAACGCGUCAUCCAAUCGUCGUACGGAAUAUAACUGAAUUAGGUAACGAAUUUCCAACUCUGAUAAAAGCUGAGGCCGAUUUCUCAGCCGAAGAAAAACCGGAGGUACGUUGUAAGCUGCAAUACAGCCCCAUUAUAGAUCUUUCCAGCACAAUGUACACCGAACAAAACAGCUUUAACGAAGAAUAUGGGCAACGUCGUUUAAGCUGCGGUUUUACGCCUGACCUUCGCGCCGAACUCUUCUCUUCUGUAAAACGUCGCAUUUUCUCCAAAAGUAUGCUUCAGCGGUCAGACCCUGAGCUUUAUGAAACCAUACAACACGAAUACUAUGUCAGCGUGAAAGAUCAAACACCAUUGAGACCACCCAUACCACCACCGAAGCCACCUUCACAUGCGCGCGCGUCAGCCAAUUCCACAACGGAUGAGCUCAAAAGUCCCGCGCUGAUCACGGAGGAUGUCUUUAAUGAGGCGCUGCAAGGACGCCUACGUGCCAUCCGGGCGCACGAGUCACUACUGCGACAGCGCACACUCAGCUUGGAUGCGCGAACGCAAGAGUUAAAUGAAAGAGAAAGGCGUUUGGGGCACCUGGAAGAGACAUUGCGUAAACGAGAGCUAGAAUUAACAGCCAGGGAGAUGGCUCUGGCAGCGGAAGUCAAUAAAGCAGUAGAGAACAGUAAAGCACAGAUAAAAACAGUACCGUCGCCAUCUCCACCGCCUCCCCCUAUACCACCACGUAAAUCCAGCGUCAAUAAACACGACGAGACAUAUUGCAGUAUUGAAGACACCCAGCUUGAAUCGCCUACGAUUGCAAAGCUGAGCCUGCCAUUUGCCAUGUCGCUUCCAACGCUACGUCGGGUAACUUUCCAAUCUCCACAAAAGUUUACAAAAUAUGACAUUGAAAGCAAUCCGUGCGAUUCUGCUCAAAUAAACAAACCGAUUUCCACUAAAGCGCAAAGCACAAAGCGGCAGCCUUCCCAACUUCAAGGCAGCGUUUCAAGCAAAGAUAGCAGAGAUUCAGCGGACAGUGGCAUCGCCGCCAACUCUACAACAACAAGCACACAUACGCGGCGGCGUUCAAUAUUAUCCACCUUGUUUGGUCUACAUCGCAGCAGCAAGUCCACUUCGAAGCCAGAUAAUAGCAACCGCUCCAAAGGUUUUCCUGAAUCGGUAUUGAACAAUAAAAAAAAUAAUCAACAACCGCCACCUAGUUCACUUACUACAAAAACGCGCAUGCCAUUCGCACCACGCUCCGACCAAGUACUCGCUAAGUGCGAGACAUCAGAGCUUGGCAAUAUUUGGACCAAGGAACAUAAACGCGCGGCAUUCGACUUGUUGGCCGCCAUGAAUGCGGAUCAAAGUGGUGCAGAAACAGCUCAAUGCACUGCCGCUAUUUCAAAUACUGCUGCGACAAACACGGUAAUUGGGCGUCAAAAAUUCAGACAAUCGACACGUGAACGUCAUAGCGCCACUUUGCGGCGCCAUCACCACAUGCGGCGUUCAUUAAUGCUGCCGCCACAUUCGAUCACGCAUGUGGCCGCAGCCAGCGCUGGUGUGGUGUCUAGUAUGCGUAGCAGUGGCAGUCGUGAGAAAAUGCUGGUUUGAAUGGGAAUGAGAAAUUUUGAAAACAUUUACGGAUAAGGCGAGAACAUAAAUAUUUUAUUAGUAUGUAAGCAAUAUUAAUAACUGAUCGGGUAUGGUCUACUGCAAUGUAUUUACCAUGAAAAGGCUGUCUUUCCUGUUGUGCCAUGGGCGCAUGAAUCUUAAGUGCUUUCUGCUUUAUAAGAAAAAAUGCAAAACUUAGACAACAAGCUUGAUUUGAUAUCAAGGUUGUGUGUGCCAUUUUUUUAUAGUAUAAGUAUAUGUAAGUAAUUAAUAGUUGUGAUGCGAAAUAAGUUCCCUCUGUCUUUAAGAUGAGUAAAAUUAACUCUUAUAUUUUAAAUUUUAUUUUUGUAUUUAACGGUUAAUAAAUACUUAUGUACGUUCGAGAAUGCAUUAUUUAUUUACACACACACACACAUACAUAUAUAAAAGACGUAAUUAAAUGCCUUUUAGAUAGCAAAAAUUUGUAUUAUAUG